CAGUCAGCUCAAAUAUAUUAAGUGUAUAAUCUAUGGCUCAGUCAGUGACAAAAGAUGGAAGCUACGGAGAGUGAAACCGGUGCAAAUCAUUUGAAAAAUGUUUUAUCCGAAGCAGAAAUCAAUAAUUUAUCCAACAAUGUCGUACAGAAAAUUAAUGACUAUAUCGAGUCAAAAUUUGAUGAAUAUCUGACAGCAAAAGCUCUACAUGAAACCAGUAGAGUGCAACUAGGUGAAAAAAUCGCCGUUCUUGAAUCAGAAGUACUGGAAAAAACGGCCAAGUACGAAGAUGCGGCAAAGAAGUUGAUUACAGCAGAUGAAACUGUAGAAGAACUAGGCAAGCAAGUCGAAACCUUGAAAGCUGAACUUGAAAAAGCUCAUGAUAAAAUAACUCGAUUAGAAAAUGAAAUUAUAUCUCUGAAAAGUGCUAGAGAUUCAGCAGUUGAUGAAAGAAAUGACUUAACUCGUAUUUUGCAAAGGCGUGAUGCUGAAAUAGAAAGAUUGACGACUAAUGAUACUGCACUCUCGCAACAAUUACGAGCAGCUAUCGAUGCAAAAUGUGAAGCAUUGGCACUCAACGACGAAAUACAAAGCAAAGAAUUGUCUUUACAAUAUCGUGAAAAACGAAUAGAACAAGAAAGAACAUUGUUAAAUUCUCAAAUUGCUGGCUUAACAGAAGAAGUUAACAGGCUCACUUCUGAACUGCAAACAGUUAGACUAAACAACACAAGUAGACUGGUGAGCUUGGAAACACAAUUAGCUGAAAAGGUUGAAGAACUUAAUGCAGCUAAUGAAACCAUAGUCCAAUUAAAUGAAAUAAAAAAGAAUUUAAACGCUCGUGCAGAAAGUCUAGCCCAGAGGCUGGUAGAACAGAGAGAUAUAGAGAACAAAAUGACAGACAAUUUUAAAAAGGAAUUGGAUGCAAAAACGAAGUUAGCAGAUUUAUUCAAAACAAUGCAUGAUGAUGCUGAAUCUAAAACACACGAAUUAACAGAAGGGAUAUCAGAAUUACAAAAAUUAUUAAAUGAAGCCACUGAUAAAUAUGGAGAGUUAGAAACUAAAUACAAGCAGGCAGAAGUAGAUCAUGAAGAAAUGAUGGAAAAGAAAAAUGAAGUAAUAUCUUCUUUGAAAAACGAAAUAGAACAUGCGAAUGAUUUAUUAAAAGCUGCUAAUGCUCACAAUCUUGACAUGGCUUUGAGUGAUUUAGCACCAUCCGCUGCAACUGCAAGCAAAUUAUUAAAAUCUGGAAUGUCACUGACACAAAUAUAUUCACAAUUAGUAAAAGUGUCUGAUGAAUUAAACCAGGAAAAAGAAGAGAACAGAAGACUCAACAUUACUAUUAAUACCAUUGUACAAGAAUUAGAAGAGAAAGCACCAUUAUUGCAAAAACAAAAAGCUGAAUAUGAAGAAGCUUUAGAGAGCAAUGCGGCUUUGUCACAGCAAAUCGAUUCCUUGGUCAUGGAGUGUAACCGGCUAAGAGAUGAUUAUAAUGAAACUUCAAAGAUAGCUAAUCACUACAAUCGUGAAAAUACAAAAUUGAAGGGAGAGUUAGCUGACUUAGGUAGACAAGUUUGUUUCUUACUAAAGGAAAUAGAACAUGUUCGUGGUGGUCUUGUGCCUAAUGGUGACCAUGAUUUAUCAAAUAAUGCAUCCAAUAUAUCUAAUUCGUCUGACAUUAGCUCAUCUAGAAUAAUAUCGAAGACAUUAGUCACUUUCACCGACAUUCAAGAACUACAAUCAAACAAUCAAAAACUUUUACGUUUAGUACGAGAUCUUACAGAAAAACAAGAAGAAUUUGAACGUCACAAAGAACAGUUUGAAAGUGGUGAAAUGCAAACCAAAAUAGAAUCAUUGAAAAACAGGGUUACUGAAUUAACUGAAGCUCAGGAUCGUCAAACAAAAAUGGUUAACGGACUAAUUCGACAACGGGAUAUGUUUAAAAAACUAUACCAUGAUCAUAUGAAAGGAAAGCGAUGCGAAACUUCUGCUCUAGAAACUCUUGAGUUGGAAAAAAGUGGAUCUUUUACAAUGGAUACAUCAUCCGAGGAUAUUAGUAAACCAAUUGAAAAAGUUCCGUUUGAAAUAAAAUACAGAGAGGCCGAAAAGCAUUUACAACUUCUAAAAGAAGAAUUUAAAACGUAUAAAGAAGAGAAAAUCACUAAUGAGAGGAUGCUUUAUGAACAAAUUGACAACAUGAGACAAGAAAUUUCGAAACUGACUACAGCCAACAGUAAAUGUGCUUCUACAUCUGAAUACAAUAAUGAACGAUUAAAGAUAUUGCAAACUAAUGUUGCUACAUAUAAGAAACAAAUUGCCUCACUCGAAGAUAAAAACAAGGCAUAUAAUGCUACUAUUGCAAAGCAUGAAGUUUCUCUUCAACAUCUGCGUGAUGAAGCUCUAAACGCCCAAAGCAAAUUAGCAGCUGCAGAAAUACAAUUGGAAAAUUUGAAACUAGAAUGUAAAUUAAUCAAAGAUGCUGAAAUACGUCUUCAAACUGAAAAAGAAGUAUUAAAUCGCGAAAGACAAGGUCAGUCAUUGUUACUAAAAAAUUUAGAACUAAUUAAAGCCAGUCUUGAACGAGUUGAAGCCGAAAAUCGAGCGAAAAUAGAAACAAGAUUGGAUGAAGCUACUAGAGAAUGUUCUGCUUUAAGACGCCGACUGCAAGAAGAACAAGAUAGAUUUAGAGAAUUAGCAGCUCAUCUUGAGCGACAAACUGAAAUUGCUAAAACACGUAUGCAGGAAGAAAAAGAAGCAGCAGAUGUUUUGAGGAAGGAAAUUACGGAAAUGAGACAAGAUUGCGUUGAAAAAAAUAAAAUCAAUGAAGAUUUGAUGAAAAAAUUGAAAUUUGCACUUGCUCCUAAUACAGAUGGUUCUUUUGACACCGUCAAAAAAAUAAAGGAAUUAGAAAAUAAAUUAAUAGAUAAACAAAAUGAAAUUCAGUCACUAAAAGAACAACUGAAUGUUGCUAAAGAACAUAUUAAACAAUAUUGUGACAUCUCAGAAGGGGCAGAAAAAGAACUUAAAACACUGAACAAAGAAUAUCAGGCAUAUAAAACUGAGUCCGAAAACAAAUUUUUAGAUUACAAUAGUAAAAUACAGCAACUUCAAGAAAAAUGUUCCGAAUUAGAAGCUGAACUGUCGCUUCAUGCUAAUGGAGAACACUCGAAUAGUAACAUUGCUUUGAAAACAGAAUUAUCAAAUGCUAAAGAAGAACUGAAAACUGCAUUAGUAAAUGUUGAUAAUUAUCGUACGGAGCUCGACAAAGCUCGCGAAGAAGUAUCUAAGUUGUCGAAUGCAGUACAAAAAGCUGAAGAAAAAUAUACACAUGAAAUGAUUCUUCAUUCUACUGAUAUUCAAACAUUGACUCAAGUAAAAGAAGAGUUGUCCAGAGCACAAAACCAACUUAAUGAAUUGGUAGCGUUCAAUAAUAGCACAAUCGAAAAACUACAAACUGAAAAAUCUUCUUGGUUAGAGAGACAGAAAAUACUAACUAGUGAAAAUGAACAGCUUACUCACAGACUCAAAGAUCUUAAUGAUCAAAACUCUCUGUUACAUGAUCAAAUUCAAGCUUUAGGGACUCAAUUAUCAGUUACACAUGCGUCUAAAUCACAAUCAGAAAGCAUAAACGAAUCUGGUAAUGAUUCUAAUAUGAAUCUAUCAAUCAAUGAAGAUGACAUAAAAUCAUCAGAGCAAUUAUAUCAAAUUGUAAAAUUCCUAAGAAAAGAAAAAGACAUUGCAAUGGCUAAAUUUGAUAUUUUGCAAGCUGAAACUAUGCGACUUAAAUCACAAUUAGAAAUAGCAGAAAAGCAAUUGGAUGAAGCUAAGUUAACGUUAGCAACCGAAAGGGAGAAGUCUGAAGUAAGCAUUGUGACUGUUAAUAAACAAUCUGAUAUUUUAAGAAAAGUUGAAACUUUGAAUGCUUUAACGGACAGCAAUCGAAUAUUAAGAGAAGAAAGAGACGCAUUAUCUCGUCGCGUUGAAGAUCUCACUGCUGUCACAAAGGCCUUAGAAGAUCAGCUAAAUCCAUUACAAGAAAGUAAUUCCGAUUUAAUUUCUAAGAAUGAAACCUUGCAGUCAGAAAAUAAUGCUUUAAAAGCAGACUGUGCCAGGUGGCGAACAAGAGUUAAUGCUCUAGUCGAACGGGCCAAUAAGACGAGCCCAGAAGAUUGGAAACGUCUGCAAAACGAGAGAGAAACUUUGGCUAAAAUGCUUACAAAUGAAAAAGAAAACGUGCGUAAAUUAAAUGAAGAACUGGGGUCUCUUAAAGCCGACAGAAAUAAAAUUGAAGAACAAUAUACUAUGCUUUCUCGACAGCAAAAUAAUCUUGUUGAAGAAAACAGAAAACUGAGUGAAGAAAUACAAACACUUAAAGAUGACAUGUCUAAACUCACUGAAGAAUUAACUAAAGUGAAAACAGAACUAACUGCUGUAUCUGAAGCAAAUAAUAAAUUGACUGAUGAAAUUUCCAACAAAGAUGCUUUACUGACUGAUAUCAGAAAUAAAGAAAUGCAAAUUAGAAAGAUAGCUAAAAAGUACAAGGCUCAAUACGAGGAAUUAGUAAAAUCAGUGGAGGAGGAAAAGAAAAAGGCUGAAGGUGAUGCAGCCGCUGCUGAUGCUGCAACAGAAAAUACAAAAAAAAUGGAAGAUCAGUUGUCUGAUCUUCAAUCUAAAUUAGAAACUGAAAAAUCAAACAAUGAAAAAUUAAAACAAGAACUCGAAACUCUUCGAUCUGUGAAUUUGGAUAAAGAAGAAAAAGCGAAACUAGUACUAAAGCAAGCUAAAAAUAAAAUUGUCCAGUUAACAGAGCAGAAAAAUUCUUUAACUAGGGAAUUGGAUGAAUCGCGUACUAAAAUCGGUGCAAUUGAACAAAGCACCAGAGAUGAACAAGACGUGCGCUUGGCGCUAAUAAAAUCUCAGUACGAAGGGCGUCUUACACGAUUAGAAAAAGAGCGCACUGAAGCACAAGCUGAAAAAACUAGAGAAGUUGAUGCACUACUGCAAAAAGUCAAUAUGUUGCAAAGGCAAUUAGCCAAUCAAGCUUCUGCAUCCAAACAACAAGCAACAGCCGAGAAGACCACAACGGAACCUCCAACUGCCAAUAUAAAACCAAUGGCUGGAAUCGCGCAACAAAGCGUGACUGCGAGCAGACGCGCAGGAGAAACGCCAUUAGCUUCGAUCCGUCCUAUGGCACAGGUUGGCCCUACGGCUCCACAUGAUGCGCACACUACCGAGUACAUGCCUGCAUCCUCAUCGCGGCCGCUCACGCGUGCCGCUCUUGCUGCGACUACGGCUCCACCGGAGUCUACUCAGGACAUGGAUACUGGUGAAGGGAGCAUGGGUAGUUCAGUAACAGCCGACAACGUGCAGCCAUCUUCCCAUUCCCAAGCACCGCAACAGGCGGUAGCGAUGGUCAUGCCACGAAUCGAGCAGCCGAGUGCCAUAGCUACCGGCUCAGCGGGCACGUCUCCCAGCUCUGCUGCGACCAGCGCCCCCACGCCUGCCUUGCCUCCUCCCGCACAAGGUACAAGCAGUGCGACGCCCAUUUCAGCAGCAACAUCGCAAACACCGGGCAGCGUGAGUACGUCACACGCCGCCCCCGGAGUGAGUACGUCACAAACGGCGGCCGGCGUGAGCACGUCGCAAGUGACGGCCGGGGUGAGCACGUCGCAGGCGGCGCCGGGCGUGAGCACAUCGCAGGCGGCGGCCAGUGUGUCGCCGCCGCCGCCCGGCGUCACCACCUCGCACCCGCCGCCCGACGCCCGUCCUCCCAAGCGCCGUCUUCAGCCCAGAUCUACCGCCACAAAAAGAACAAGAGUCCAGGGAUUCGAAAGGUCUGUAGAAGUGGAAUAUCAAGUACCAACUUCAUCACGAUGCGAUCAAGACGACGAGGGUGUUAUUGUAGUAGACUCUGAGGAAGACGACGAACGCUGCACUGGUACCAUGUACAGAGAAGGUGAAGAGGAUGAAGAAGAUGUGGAAGAGGAACAGGAAGUGGAAGGCGCAGACGACGAAGAGGAAGUCGAGGGCGAUGACUCUGAGAAUACAGCACAACAGGAUUCACCUGUGCAGUCCCCAGAGGCGGGCGCCGAGCCCACCCCCGCGCCGCCCGCGCCCCCGCAGCAACAGAUCGAGGCCAUCAGCUCUGGAACCGAACCAAGUGGCGCCUUGUCUUUAGGAGGCAACGGUGCAGAUGACGGCGAUGACAGUAUAGUUCCUUCAACACCUACGUUGUACGUGCCACGUAGAAAUGAUGGUUUCGGAGAGGCGGUGGUGUCGCCGGUGGGCGGCGCGGACGCUCGCUUCACGUUCUCCGAGGCGACGGGCGCCGACGCGGCCCCGCUGCAGCACCACGACACGCACGCCGACCUCGCGCCCGCCAUGCCGCCCGCCACCACCGACCCUCAUCAUCGGGGUGAAAGCAGCGAGACUAGGGAAUGGGAAGAGUCCCGUGGAGAGGAAGAGGCCGCUGCGGUGAGCUCACAGGGAAGCGAACCUUCAUCGCCGCAUCAGCAGAUAGCAGAAGAAGGUCGCGAGGCGGAGGCUAGUGCACCGGCACGCCGCGCGCCCACGCGGUCUCCGCACUCUCCUCACUCCCAUAAUCAACGAUGGAUGAGGGCUGCAGACAGCGAGAGUGGCGCACGUGGACGCGGUAUGCGAUCACGAGGACGGCCGUCAAGAAGACCUCACAACUACAUGAGGUUUUAAACGAUUCUAGAAUAAGCUAAAAACAAUAUCGAUUUUUAUAGCAUAAAUCUUGAUGUAGGUUCCAGAUAUAUAAAUUCAAUAACAAAUUUCGAAUUACUUUUAAUAUACGGAAAUGUAACUGCGGUGUUUAAUUUCAUUCUUUUUUAUUUUUGUACGCCUUACUACGCUAUAUAUACACUUAGAUUGAUUUCAUUUUUAGAAUUCCAGCAGAAAUGUUUAUAUUAUAUCGCUAUUUUCACUAGAUAAUAUUGAGAAAUUCCAGGUGGCGAGCAGAUAUCUGAUUAAUAUUUAAUUUUCCUAUGUUAGAAUUAAUAUUUUUAGGUAAGACUCAUUUUCUAAAUGAUAGAAGAACUAAUUUUUGGCUAGUGUUUUAUUUGUAUGUUAUGUUCAGAUAUCCACUGCGCAAAGAAAAUUUAAAGAUUGGUUUAUAGCAUGAGAAGCCCCAUAAAUAAUUUUGUUUGUUUCUUUACCAACUAAACUAUUUUAGGUAGACUAUUACUAUUUGAGCGAUAUAUCUUUAGUGAUUAUUAUUUAGUUAAUGUCAUCAACGAGAUUGAAGCCCAAUUUAAAAUGAGUAUUAAUGCUAAAUAUUCGCCAAUUACCUGUACAAAUAAACCCCAAACUCGUUUGUGUCAAAAACUGAAGCAUCCACGUAUAAUACAAAUGGUUUAUUUGCUAUAACAGUUAGUGUUAUUAAUUAUUAUUAUCCGUAAUAUAUAUAUAAAUAUUUACUUAGACUAUUUCCAUAUUAAACUGUUUAAAAUAAUUAAAAAGUUUCAUAUUAGAUGGGCUAGUAAUUUUAUUGCUGUUACAAAUUAGUCCAAAAAAAACGUUGAAGUACCUAAGUGUCCAUAAAAUAUUUCCAUUUAAUUGUAAUUUCCUUUAGUAAUAAAUGUGAUGAAAAUAAAAUGUUUUAAUUUUAACCAUUUCCCAGCUGCAUAAAAUAAAAUUGUAACCACAGAUCGAACCAUAAGUGAAUUAAGCAUAUAAAUCAUUUUGACCCAGAAAUUCAUUAAGGAAACAAUGUUAUGAUAUAAAUCAAUUAAUUGUAGCAGAGAUAAAGCCACGAAUUAGUAAGUCUUUUUUAUCUCUGUUGCAAAGCAACUUACCCAAAACCAGAAGGAUGGUAUUCCACGCAUCUGGUGCAAAUCAAACAUGGAUCGUUCUCAUAAAAGAAGUCAAUGAAUAAAGAUUAUGAUGAACUGCCAGUGAGGCCACACCUGGCGCAUACCUGAUGAAAAAUGCUUACCUUAUAUCAUUGCUAUUAUCUAGUACAAAGAUAUAGCCAAACCAUUACUAUUCACUAUAAACUUCAAUUACCAUUUCACAAUGUGGGGAGAUCAUUUCAUAAGUUUAUCAGUAAAAAUCGUUACAAAUCUUUCCAAAGACCUUGGUGUUUCAAACUGUUCCUAGAACCAAAUGCACUAUCUGAACAACAGUUCCCUCUGGAAAACUUAAGUGUUCACUAAGAACAGCCACAGUUGAUAUUUUUUUAAGCAUAAGGCCUAUGAUGAGUUUAGACAAGAAGGACAUCCAUCGGUCCCCAAACUAGAAAGACGACACUUUUUCUGAUUCUCCCAUUACAAUUUGUCAAAUUAUUAAUCAAAAGCUGGGUAAGACCUAGAGCACCCAAUAUAGAGCUAGGAAUAGUACUUCAGUCAUCUAGAGUAGUAAUAUCCUCAUCUUAUUAUAGUACUUAACCAUCCACUAAUUUCUUAUUUGGAAAGCAAAUCUAGUAUACCAUUCCUAUGGGAAGUUGAACCUAGGCUGUUUUUAAAAAUAUAAACAUAGUCUACCAAAAGUCUAACUACUAACAUAGAUACAUGUUGUGCCAACAUGAACUGGUUGUCACUUAUGUAUUAUAGAUAUCUUAACUACUUACAACAAAAACAUUUAUAAUAGCAAAAUUAUUAUGGAAUUUACCAGUUCUUUCCUUUGUCAAUGACUAGUUUAUAGCCACUGUGAUUAAUAGACGUUGAUAGUAUUGUAAAUUACUAUUAGGGGUAGUAUUAGUAACAAAGUAAAAUAAUUUUAUGGUUUACUUUGAGAUUUAAAAAAAAAUUACAAUAUUUGUGUCAAAUUGUGUUUUCCAAGUUAAGAUAACAAUGCUUUUGUGUGUAACAAAAACAAUGUGUUAGGUGUUUCAAGUGAUUAGAAAACAUUCAUCAUUGUUUUGAAAAUAUCAUAGUUAUAUUUUAGUGUAAAAGGUUUAAAUAAAUCACCAAGAUUUGCUUUUAUCUUUUAUUUAUUUUUUAUUACAGCAGUGAUGACACUCAACCAAAACAAAGAUGUGAAAACAAAGCAAUCCUUUACUUGCUUGAAAAGUUUUAUACUAUUCAUAUGAAGACAAAUAUAGUAUUAUAUGCCAAUUAAUAAUAAAAAAAUACCAUAAAAUAAUACACAAUUUUAAUCUAAGACUUAAAUUAAAUUUCACCAUAUGGUCAGAUAGUGUAAAACUAUUUGAAAGUGAAUAAUUUGGAAUUAAUUUCCAUAGACAUUUUCGUCGGAAAAUGCUAUGUAUAGAAAGAAAUCUUCAUCAUGGUGUUCUUGGUAGAGAGACCCCAUUGUUGCAGAUGUGGGUGGAAUGACAUUGUUCACGAAGAAGAAAAGUGCGUCUUCAGGCCGCAGGUGAAUACGUUUCCGGAUCAAGAAGUAGAACUGGCCAACUGUUAAAUCAGACGGAACUAAAUACUUCUUUUUGUCGAGGUCUCCAAGCCUAGCCUUCGGCGCUUUCUCUACAAUUACAGGAACGCGAUCUGGAUAUUUCCUGCGGAUUUUUUCGCCCUCAGCCUUUCUCUUCUCAAAUGAAUGUUCUUCUUUGUAUUGGAAUUUCAUGUUGAUAUUUUAUAACACACUGCAAUUUCAGAUGAUCGAAUCGUAAUCAACUUCUCAAUCU